AUGACAGUACGAACAUUCUUCGAUAUUGACAUUGGUGGCAAACGAGCCGGAAGGAUAGUCUUCGAGUUGUAUACUGAGCAAGUACCCAAAACCGCAGAAAAUUUCCGAGCAUUAUGUACAGGCGAGAAGGGCGUGGGAAAACUUGGAAAGCCAUUACAUUACAAAGGAAGUCUUUUCCAUCGUAUCAUAAAGAAUUUUAUGUGUCAAGGCGGUGAUUUUACCGCUGGUGACGGCACCGGUGGAGAGAGUAUCUACGGAGAGAAGUUUGAAGAUGAGGCAUUCGUAUUCAAACAUGAUCGGACCAUGUUAUUGUCUAUGGCAAAUGCCGGACCAAACACAAAUGGAUCACAGUUCUUUAUCACGACAUCAAAGACACCACAUUUAGAUGAUAAGCACGUAAUUUUUGGAAAAGUAAUCAAAGGGAAAAACUUGGUUCGUAAAAUGGAGAGUAUUCCAACGAAUAGCGACCGCCCUGUUGAAGAUGUUGUCAUUGCUGAUUGUGGAGAGCUUAAAGAAGGCGAGGAUGAUGGCGUUUUGCCACCGGCUGAUGGAGACGUGUACGAGGAUGUUCCGGAGGACGCCGAAGUUGAAUUAGAGACACAAACUUUAUUCAAUAUCGCCACUUCAGUUAAGACGAUUGGAAGCGACUACUUUAAAAAGGGAGAUUAUGCCACCGCAGCUGAGAAAUAUAACAAGGCUAUCCGUUAUAUAAACGAACUAUCUGACGUUGAAGACGAAUCCCUCACGACUCAACAUAAUGCCCUCAAGAUUUCUUGUUAUUUAAAUAAGGCCGCAGCCGAACUCAAGAUCUCUGACUAUGAAGCGGUAGAAAAAGACACAUCAACGGUGCUAGAAAUGGAAGGGUUGACAGACACAGAUAAAGCCAAAGCGUUGUAUAGACUUGGCGUAGCGCGAGGGAAAUUGGGUAAGACUGAAGAGGCCUUGCUAAAUCUAGAAGAGGCGCAGAAGUUAAGUCCGAAUGAUCCGGGAAUCGUAAAGGAGAUUGCUGCAGUUAAGAAGAGAGUUGCGGAAUUAAAGGCGAAGGAGAAACAGAUGUAUAGCAAGAUGUUUUCGGCAUUGAAAUAG